UCGGGUUUGUUAAUUAUUUCUCUUUCGCUCCGUAUUUAUUUAAUACGAGCAGUGACAGUUCACUUUCUUAUAUAUUAUUAUGUCUGUCAUAGUGAAUUGUUGUUAAUUUUUAGCCGUUUAUUUUAGAAGAAUGUAAGCAAAGUGUUAAAUGCUCUCCACAUGCGGCUUCGCUCGUACUUCGUGGAUUUUAUUAGAAGAGGCAAUAUGAUAUUUAAAAAUCAUAAUAACAUCGGCUGUGGGCUGCCCAGGGCUGUAUCACUUGUAUCUCUAUAGUCCUUUCAUGGGCAAGCAGCGACUGGUGCUUUAUAAUACAUAAUUGCCCCGCGUUUUCUCGCGUCCGCGGCACUUUUAGUCAUUUUUUCGAAAGCCAGUAUAAAAGCAUUUAUAUCACCCUUUCACACUUAUUGCUCGAAUGACUGUCUGAGAAAAAUGUAUCGGGAAAUUGCUCUGGUCGCCCUUUUGUCGAGUGCUCGUGCCGCCAUAUUGGACGGGGAUAUAGAUUUGACAGAUGGCAUAACGCUGGUCGGUGUACCAGUUUCGAAUAGUCUGGAAGAUGAGGGGCGCUCCAUGGGAGACUCGCCCUUGUACCGAAUGGCUAAAUUCCUGCAGGGGCAUGAGUUGCACGUGAAGCUGCCCAACUUGAUCGAGAAGGACAAGAUCAGCCAGCUGCUCGCGGAGUCUUUGAAGGUUGUUGAUGAGUAUAAGGAAAAUAACGUUACCGGUCGACGUAAAGGUGGUGGGGGUGGUUCCUUGGCCCUUCUAGGACUUAUGUUCGCUAAGACGAUUGGAGCUGCUGGCAUCGGUGGUCUUGGGCUACUCACUAUGAAGGCUCUUGCAGUAUCCGCAUUAGCUCUUAUGCUAUCUGCGAUCGUGGGCGUCAAGAAACUCACGGCACAUGACGAUCACGACGACCACCAAGUUAUAUACGCGGGUCACGGUCACCACCGGCGGCGGAGGGAGCUGCACACUCCCCUACCGUAUAGAGGGUGGACUGAAUAUCAAAAUUGAAUUAAAUGUUAAGUUAUUUAUUUAUUUAUUUGUAAAUAAAGUUGUUUGGUAUACA